AUGGCCAAGUCCCCGCUCUUCUUCGGCCAGCGGCACCCGCGAUACACCCUUGCGCUCGCGGCUCUCGUCAUUGGCACAUACUGGCUCUUCUUUAGCUCACCCAACCCGCCCACUCCUGUCAUUUACAAGAACAACCAUGAACUGCAGACGCGCCUGGAGAGGGAGGAGCGCAAAUACCGCGCCAUGCUGCCCCAACGCCAGGAGCUCAUCUCAAAAUUCGGGCCGACGCCAUCUCAGCUCGUCAUGUUCCCGCCAGACCAAGACCCCUGGCCGCCGUACACCGUCUGGGACUUUUUCCCGCCGAUAUUCAACUGUCCGCACGAGCUCGACCGGUUAGGUGCCCUUGGAGAUGGUGGAAAGUGGAUGUGCGGCCUCUCGCGGAUAGAGGACAAGCCAAACUGUGUGAUAUACUCCUUCGGUGUGGACUCGUCGUACUCGCUCGAGGCGACACUCCUCCAAUCAACCCGCUUCUGCGAAGUGUGGAUAUACGACUCGACCAAGGGCGACUCCGCAAAGUCGCAGAUCCCCCGCUCGCUGCGGCACCGCGCGCACUUUGCGAAAGUCGCGCUCGGCGCCUCCGACCGGCAUGGCGCGAGCGACGAUCCGAAGACGUGGACGCUCAAGAGCCUCAUGUCCGAGAAUGGCCACUCGCACAUUGAUUUCUUGCGGAUGGACGUCGAGGGCUGGGAGUGGGAGACGUUCCGGGGCAUCAUCCGCGACUUCACGCUCGAGCGCAUGACGCCACCACAGGGCGCCGGCGCCGGCGGCCGCGAGGGCGUGCUCCCGUUCGGCCAGCUGCAGAUCGAGCUGCACGUCUGGAACCAGCGCUUCCAGGACUUCCUCGAGUGGUGGCAGCUGCUCGAGGCGUCUGGGCUCAGGCCGUUCCAUAACGAGAUCAACCUCGUCUACGCGAAUUACAACAGGCACAGCGGCGUCGAGCUCGCAGAGUACUCGUUCUUGAACGUGCGGGGGGACAACGCGUUCGUCAAGGACUACGUGCCCGAGACGCCGGAACUGGACCACCGCGAGCACGAGCACGCAGCGCCCAACGCAUAG